AUGGCAAGGGAGAUUUCGGUAAGACAGCUGUCCGGGGAGGAAGGCUCAUUCGCAGUGUCCGCCCAUACGACCAUCCGUGAAUUCAAGAGGCAGCUGCACGCGUGGCUGCCCUGCGAAGAUGAAUCAAAGCGCAACAUGAGCUCCGUAGAGCUGGUGGUUGGUGACAGGCCCCUAUUGAACAAAGAGGAGUUAGUGUCAGAGGCCAUUCCAGGUACAGAAGUCCUGGCUUUCCUCAGCGUCCAGCCGGUAGAGUGCUCAAGAUUCCAAGCCUCCGGCUGCAAGGUGGAAGAAUUGUUGGUGGUAGAAAUUCCCAACUCCGUGACUGAGAUUGGAGAGUGUUCCUUCGAAGACUGCAGCUCAUUGGCAAGCGUGACCAUUCCCGAUUCCGUCACUCAGAUAGAAGAUGGUGCCUUUAAAGGCUGCAGCUCAUUGGCCAGCGUGACCAUUCCCAACUCCGUGAUUUUGAUUGGACCUGGUGCCUUUGCAGGCUGCAGCUCACUGGCAAGCGUGACCAUGCCCGGUUCCGUCACUCAGAUAGAAUGUAGUGCCUUUGAAGGCUGCAGCUCAUUGGCCAGCGUGACCAUUCCCAACUCCGUGAUUUUGAUUGGACCUGGUGCCUUUGCAGGCUGCAGCUCACUGGCAAGCGUGACCAUGCCCGAUUCCGUCACUCAGAUAGAACGUAGUGCCUUUAAAGGCUGCAGCUCAUUGGCCAGCGUGACCAUGCCCGAUUCCGUCACUCAGAUUCAACGUAGUGCCUUUGCAGGCUGCAGCUCAUUGGCAAGCGUGACCAUGCCCGAUUCCGUCACUCAGAUAGAACGUAGUGCCUUUGAAGGCUGCAGCUCAUUGGCCAGCGUGACCAUUCCCAACUCCGUGAUUUUGAUUGGACCUGGUGCCUUUGCAGGCUGCAGCUCACUGGCAAGCGUGACCAUUCCUAAUUCCGUCACUCAGAUAGAACGUAGUGCCUUUGAAGGCUGCAGCUCAUUGGCCAGCGUGACCAUUCCCAACUCCGUGAUUUUGAUUGGACCUGGUGCCUUUGCAGAUUGCAGCUCACUGGCAAGCAUGACCAUUCCUAAUUCCGUCACUCAGAUAGAACGUAGUGCCUUUGAAGGCUGCAGCUCAUUGGCAAGCGUGACCAUGCCCGAUUCCGUCACUCACAUAGAACGUAGUGCCUUCGAAGGCUGCAGCGCAUUGGCCAGCGUGACCAUUCCCAACUCCGUGAUUUGGAUUGGACCUGGUUCCUUUGCAGAUUGCAGCUUUCUGGCAAGCGUGACCAUUCCUAAUUCCGUCACUCAGAUAGAACGUAGUGCCUUUGAAGGCUGCAGCUCAUUGGCCAGCGUGACCAUUCCCAAUUUGUGA